AGCCAUUUCGGCUCAAGUUGCCCGCUCCGUUGUCGCCGUGCCACCUGUCGACAGAUUUUUUUCCGAGGGAGAUGUUCGGGGCCCUCCUGAGGAGCCCAGUAGCCCAGGCGUCGCUCGCUCUCGGCGCUCGCCCUGCGUGGCGGGGCUUCGCCACGGGCGCCGGGAAGCGGGUCGCCGUCGUUCUGGCAGGGUGCGGCGUCUACGACGGCGCUGAGAUCACCGAGGUCGGGAUGGGCAUGCGUCCACUCAUCGACCCCCUUCUUAAGGAUGCGUUUUCUGCAGGUUCUGUGGCCCCUUGAGGGCCAGCGCCCGCAUUCCCGCCAGAAGCGAGGCGGCAUUCACAUGUUGAUGGGUUUGGGAUGCCGUACUCUUCAUGUUUGGUGAGUUUUUCCGUUUUACGUGAUUUGAUAUUUGGUGGUUCUACGCAUGUAAGGAGCAGAGGCCGAGUGCCCAUGCCAAUGCCGAGGCCACCGCGUGCCUGGUGCACCUGUCCAGGGCGAGGGCGGAGGUGCGAUGCUUUGCGCCCGACAAGCCGCAGAUGCACGCGGUCGACCACACAAUGGGCACCGAGCAUACGGAGACGCGCAACGUGCUGAAGGAGAGUGCCCGUAUCGCGCGAGGAGCGGUGGUCCCGCUCGCCGACCUCAAGGCCGCCGACUUCGACGCGGUCGUCUUCCCGGGGGGCUUUGGCGCCGCGAAGAACCUCAGCAGUUGGGCCGUCGACGGGACGCGGUGCAGCGUGGACGCCGACGUCGUACGUGUGAUCAAGGACUUCCACUCCAGUUCCAAAGUCCUUGGGAUGUGCUGCAUCGCGCCCACGCUCGCCGCGAAGGUCCUCGGCAAGGUUACUGUCACAGUCGGGCAGGAGGAAGGCGAUGCCUGGCCGUAUGCUGGGACGGCCGGACAGAUCUCGAGCUUGGGGGCCACCCAUGUGAAGACCACAAUAUCGGAGAUCUGCGUUGACAAGGAAAACAAGCUUGUGACGAGUCCCGCAUACAUGUACGAUGGGCGACCACAUGAGAUAUUUGACAACGUCGGCCAGAUGAUAGGAGGCGUCCUGGAGCUGGCCUGAUCACAGCUCAGUGAGCGCGGGCUUGCUCGAAGGUUUCCCUAGCCUUGAGCUCGAUUUCGAAGAUGCUCUUCCUCUUCGCUGUUCCCGUAGGUUGAAGAUGCCUUUGUUUCGAACAUGUUCCUCGUCGAAGAUGCCUUGAAUACGUCUACUCAGCUAUUCCUCGUCGCCCUCCUUCAACAAUCGCCCCCCUAGCCCUGGUUGGGGGCGCCUUCUGGC